UGUGACUUUGGCAAAACCCAGGGACCAGGACACCAGGUGGAACACUGCAGAGUGAGCUCUCUCCCUAUAAUCCAACACACCCCUCAAGGCCCCUGACCGACACCAGAACACACUUGUAAGCCAAUAUUCUGUAUAUUACCUAUAUCUGACAGUUUGCAGCCAUCAUGCCUCACCGUCUGGUUAUUGUACGCCAUGGGGAAAGCUCAUGGAACCAGGAAAACAGAUUCUGUGGUUGGUUUGAUGCAGAGCUUAGUGAAAAAGGAAGAGAGGAAGCUCAGCGCGGGGCCCAAGCAGUGCAUGAGGCUGGAAUGGAGUUUGACAUCUGUUACACUUCUGUGCUGAAGAGGGCAGUGCGUACACUGUGGUACAUCCUGGAUGGUAUAGACCAGAUGUGGUUGCCAGUUGUCAGGUCCUGGAGGCUAAAUGAGCGUCACUAUGGUGGGCUUACAGGACUCAACAAGGCAGAAACUGCAGCAAAGCAUGGAGAGGAGCAGGUUAAGAUCUGGAGAAGAUCAUUCGAUAUCCCCCCACCUCCAAUGGGUGAAGACCACCCUUACUACAAGCUUAUCAGCAAGGACCGCCGAUAUGCAUCACUUACCCCAGCUGAGCUACCAUCUUGUGAGAGUUUGAAAGACACUAUCGCUCGUGCGCUUCCAUUCUGGAAUGAUGUAAUUGCCCCACAGAUCCGUGCUGGGAAGCGCGUUCUGAUUGCUGCACAUGGAAACAGUUUGAGGGGCAUAGUCAAGCACUUAGAGGGCAUGUCCGAUGCUGCUAUCAUGGAACUGAACCUCCCUACUGGAAUCCCCAUUGUCUAUGAACUGAAUGAUGACUUAAAACCAACAAAACCAAUGACCUUCUUGGGGGAUGAGGAGACAGUUAGGAAAGCUAUGGAGGCUGUGGCUGCCCAGGGGAAGGUCAAGAAAUAAAUGGGCAAUGAUAUAGUGUACAUAUAUUGAGACAAACAUGAAGAACAAAGACAUAUAAAUCAAUCACAAAUUGAGUUUCUAGUGAGCGUCACCAUUAAUUCCCAUGUUAUUAAUUGCAGACUAUUUACUUAAGUGUGAUAAAUAUAAUCACAAAUUAGUGAAUAGAUUGAAUAGAAUAACAUAAAAGGCUUGGAUCACUACAGAAGCAUCAUAUUCACAGCAAAUCUGUCAGCUGUCCCUAAUUUGAGAGGGACAGUCCCUAAUUCUGAACUUUGUACUGCUGUCCCUCUGAGACAGCCAUAUGUCCCCUAGACCCACCCACCGACCACCCAGACACACCCACAAUCCAUUCCACUUACCACCAUUACCCCACCCCAACACAGCCCCAUCCACAAAAUGGUGGCAGCCCCCCUAAACUUCAUGAACCCUAAUAAGUAGCCACAAAUGCUGGGAGGUAUGUCACAGUAAUUCCCAAACUUGUAAGUUGUGUAACACUACUGAUCUCUCUUGUGUGAAUAAUAUUGGAGCGGGCUUGCCCUUUUGACCUAGUAAUCUCAGACACAUAGUCUUAGUGAUCGUAUUAUGCCUUUGUAAUAACCUUCCACUUCUAGUGCUAAUAAUCAAAAGGCAAAACUGACAAAAUUAAUGGAAGUUUGCAGCACUUUACCUUCUUACAAUACACAUGUACAUAUAUGGUAGCAUUUGAACUAAUGAGAAUAUAGUUUUCCAAUGAGAUAUGGAAAAUGUUAGGUUUUUCAUACAUAUACUAGUCCUGGUUCUCUAUAAAUUGACUUAAUGUUUUAAAAAAAAAAUGUAUUUGGACUUUUUCAUCCUGACAUUUACUGGUGCUUGUGUUCAGUCAAAUAAACAAGAAAUAAUCUACA